GACAGACUAAUUAGGCGGAAUUCUUAAAAUAUUUCAACAAAAGUGUAAUCAUCGCAAGUCCUUAUGGACGACAUUCUAAAUCAAAACAUCCUCAUAUCUGCUGAGGAUAUAAAUGACGAGGAUUCCUUUUCCCUGGAACCGAAUCAACAUGCCAAUAAGAAGAUUCGCCUGUUGUACGGAUCCAAUAAUUUGGAUGCUUGGCCUGAGGAGUACGAAGGCGACGACAGCAUCUUUUCGGAGAUUCUGAAUAGUGAAAAUGGAAGCAGCAACUGCCAAAAGGAGGAUGAAGACGAAAACGGUGCAGAAGCAGAAGAUGAAGACAAUCUUGAAGAUCCAUUGCAGUGUACCCAACGGUUCCUUGACGAUAUGGUCAACAAUGUGGAACUGGACUUCACAAGAUACAUUUGCGGAUCACAGUAUAGGACGCGGGAGGAGCUGUUACACCGACAGGAGGAACAUCGGAGUUUUAUGCGGGAGGCCGUUCAAAAUCUAGGUGACAUAUCUUGGCAAUCGCAGGCAUUUCCUCAUGAAAUUGAGAAUUUUAUGGACAAAGGUCCUUUUUAUAAGCUUCCUAAGCGCGUGGAGAGAAUGAUCUACGAACAGAAAAAGAUCACCAGUUUAUACGAUUGGCAAAAGGAAUGUCUUGAGCUCCCGGCUAUAGACCAACGACGUAACUUAAUUUACGCCCUCCCAACCAGCGGUGGAAAAACUUUGGUAGCUGAAAUUCUAAUGCUUCGAGAAAUUAUAUGUCGCGAAAGAAAUGUAAUGUUCGUGCUUCCAUAUGUAUCUAUAGUUCAAGAAAAGGUCAGUGCAAUGUCACCAUUCGCUUAUAAUUUAGAUUUUCUCAUAGAGGAAUAUACAGCGGGCAGAGGACGAUGCCCACCGGUGAAGCGACGUAAACGCAAAGCAAUUUAUAUUUGUUCGAUAGAAAAAGGUGCAAUCUUAUUUGAUAGCUUAAUCGAAGCGAAUCGUGCAAAUGAAAUUGGCCUGGUGGUAGUUGAUGAAUUGCAUUUAAUCGGCGAGAAAGGACGUGGAGCUACAUUGGAAGCGUUGCUAGCGAAAAUUAAGUUUCUAAAAGCCGGGAUACAAAUUGUUGGAAUGAGUGCCACCAUUGGAAAUCUGCCGGAGAUAUCGAAGUUUCUUGAGGCGGAUAUUUACACGAGAGGAUUUCGCCCAGUUGAAUUGAAAGAGUACAUAAAAUGUGGACGGGAUAUUUUGAAAAUUAAUUCGAAUGGAAAAUCGCCCGAUGAGAUAUUUGUUCAUGAUAGAGUUGUUAAUUAUAAGUACAGUCCAAGUGUUACCAAAAGUGAUCCUGACCACUUAGCUGGUCUAGUUUCCGAAGUGAUACCAAAGGGUUCGUGCCUUAUAUUCUGCUCCACAAGAAAAAAUUGCGAAAAUGUGGCAUUGCUCCUUAUUAAGGUGCUUUCGCAGAAAAUUUACGCGGAACAUAGAAAAAACGAUCGCCUCGCCUUAAUGGAUGCAAUGGAAAAACUAUGUGGAUCGUUAACUCCAGUGUUAAGCCAAACAAUUCCAUAUGGGAUUGCUUAUCAUCAUUCAGGAUUAACGUCUGACGAACGACGUCUACUUGAAACCGGAUAUAGGCUGGGGACAUUAAAUGUUAUAUGCUGCACAUCGACAUUAGCUGCUGGCGUUAAUCUUCCAGCAAAACGAGUGAUAAUUCGAGCUCCAUAUGUCGGAAGACAGUUUAUGACCCUAUGCCAAUAUAAGCAAAUGGUAGGACGAGCGGGACGGGCUGGAAUGGGCGAGGCUGGUGAAAGUAUUCUUAUUUGUUCAUCGAAAGACAAUCAACAAGUGGGGCAAAUGCUAUUCUCCCCUAUGGAUGAAGUUAACAGUUCUAUGUUGGAAAAUGCGUGCAUCGGAUUAGAGAACUUAAUUCUUAGUGCAAUCGGCUUGAGGUUGGCUGAUUGUUUGAGGGACCUACUUAAACUGAUCCAAACGACGCUAUUGGCGGUACAAAGUGAUAAAUUGGGUGCCGAUAUUGACAGGGAAGUAACAGCUAUUUUACGUAACAUGUUCCGACACAAAGUUCUGAGGGUAUCUGCGGAAAGUGUGAAAACUGAAAAGAACGGUGACAUCCUAACAACACAAGAAAUACGCGACAGCAAUAUAAGUAUUUCAACAACAUCCUCUAAACAUUUGGUGCUAAGUAAAAGCACAAAGUUUGAGUUAACUACAAUUGGGAAGGCAGCAUACAAAGCAGGAAUCGACUUCAAAAAAGCGGAAGCCAUUUAUCUUGAACUGAAAACAGCCCAGCCCUCGUUAGCUCUACGAAAUUUCACCCACCUGUUAUAUCUGGUUGUUUGCUACUGUUCUACUGAAGAUAAUAUAAUAACCGAUCCUGGGAUAUUAUUCCGUGAAUACAAUUGCCUUGACAAUGACACUCUACACGUUGCGAAAUUGCUUGGAAUCACAGAAGUGCAUAUUGUAAAAAUGCUGAAGACAAUGUCGGUCAAAGGUCCGAUUGAAAGACAACUGAUUCGUUUCUAUAGAGUGCUCAUGUUGAACGAUUUAAUAAAUUUAUCGCAGACACAUACUGUGGCUACGAAAUACGCUACUGAUCGGGGCGCAGUUCAAUCACUGAUGAAUCAAUCUAUAUCGGCGACAGGUAGUAUUAUGAGGUUGUGUGAACAAAUUGACGAGUUUUGGUGCUAUACGCCGCUUUUUGAAUCUCUUUUCCGGAAGUUGGACUAUUGUUGUACGGCAGAGUUGGCCCCGUUAUUAGAUUUGCCGUGUGUAAAAAUCAAUCGAGCAAAACAACUUUACAAUGCAGGAUAUAAAACUGUAGAGGAUAUAGCUAAGACCAAACCACGUGAUUUGUCUUUGAAUGUUGAACAUUUGUCGUAUCGUGUUGCUCAGGAAAUUAUAUCGGCUGCAAAGGUACUUCUACUUAACAAAUUAGAGGUGUUGCAGGAGGAAUCUGAAAAUAUUAUCAACUGCUUACAAUAGGGGCUUAGCUGUUCAUUUAUAUAUUGAUUAUUGUAUAUAGGAAUUUAAGGUAAUAUCUGUAAUAUACUUUACUAUGUAUUGUAAAAAUGUAAAUGUGAUAAUAGUGAAAUUAAACUGGAUAUUAGGAAAA